GAGUGCGAGAGAGCGAGCGUUGCGAUGGAUUUAAACAGAGCUGCCAGAAUCAACUAUAUGGAUUGUGAUCUUGACGAAAUGGAUACGAAAAACAGGAAAAUGCAACACUGCGAGGAUCGCGUCGAUAGCGGCGUGGAUUCGCUAAAGGAGGACGAGUAUAGGAAAAUUGUGGAGGAAAUGGAGAGUUUGUCUUUGCCAAACCCAAGUGCAAAUCCAAAGGGGAUGUGUGAACCUUGGACAGAAGAAGUCACAGAGGACGGAGACACGUAUCUUCACCUUGCCAUCAUUCACGAGGCGGAAGAUUAUGCCAUCCAGAUCAUCAAACAGUGUCAGAAUGACCCGUUCCUGAACCGACAGAACCACCAAAGACAGACCGCACUGCAUCUCGCCGUCAUCACAGAACAGCCACACAUGGUGGACCGACUGCUAAAGGCCGGCUGUGAUCCACGACUGGUCGAUCAAAGUGGAAACACGGCCCUCCACAUCGCCUGCAAAAGAGGGUCGCUGGCUUGCUUCUCAGUACUCACUCAGAUUCAGACUCAGCAUCUGCGCUCCAUUCUCACCUUCCCAAACUACAGCGGACAUACAUGCAUCCACAUAGCAGCCGUUCACAAUUACCUCUCAAUGGUGGAAAGCCUGGUCCAGCUCGGGGCGGAUGUAAACGCAAAGGAGCAGUGCAGCGGCCGGACGUCGCUCCAUUUGGCCGUGGACAUGCAGAACCUGGAACUGGUGCACACGCUCAUUGCUUUGGGAGCUGAUGUCAACAGUCUCACCUAUGGCGGAUAUACGCCGUACCACCUGACCUUCGGCCGACACAACAGCGAGAUCCAGAGGCAGCUUUACAGCCGGACGGCCCAAGAGCUCAGGCUGAUGCCGGAGAGCGAGUCGGAGGAGAGCGAAGAGGAGCUUUCGUCUGACGAUGACUGUAUGUAUGACGACAUCCAGUUCUGUGGGAGAUAGUCUGGCCAACAGGACAACAUUUCCCAUAAUGCAAAGCAGCUAAGGCUGUAGGUGCUGUCUCAAGGUCUGUGCCGGGGUGUGCACUAUCCCAGGACGCCAGUCCCUUAGUGGGACUCCACAAUGUGGAAAAGAGCUGCUCCCCCUGCCCUCGGGGAUGUGAUCGCGGUGGUGGAAAGAACCCCAGAUACAGCUGGACCACAACAUUUACCAAUGUUUUUGAAGCCAAAGAGUUGGGAAAACAUGUAUAUUUUGUGAAUAUAUAUAGAGAUAUAUUUUUAUAUUUGUUAAUAAGUCAAAUGAAACACUUGUCAAUAAUGUUUAAAGUCUAUGUAUUACACUGUGAAAAUAUCUUUUACAUUAAAAAUGAAAGAAAUGAA